ACCAAACUGCAAUUCAUAUUUAAGUGCCAAAACACUUUCCCAAAAAACUCAUAAAUCUCAAAUUCGCACUCCAAUCAUUUCCCCUCCUCAAGAAAAGUCAAACAAGCAAAAACAUGGCUUCGGCGCCUAUCAAAUUCGGGAUCCUCGGCUGCGCGAAGAUAGCCCGCAAGCUCUCCCGCGCCAUCGUUCUCUCCGGGAACGCCGCGAUUGCCGCGAUCGGCAGCCGAUCGCUGGAGAAGGCCGUCGGCUUCGCGCGGGAGAACGGCUUCCCGGAGUCGGCGAGGGCCUACGGCUCGUACGCCGCCGUAUUGGACGAUCCGGACGUGGACGCAGUGUACAUACCGCUGCCGACGAGCCUGCACGUGCAAUGGGCCGUGCUGGCGGCCCGAAAAGGGAAGCACGUGUUGCUAGAGAAGCCCGUGGCGCUCAGCGUCAGCGAGCUCGACGUGAUACUUGGGGAGUGCGAAUCCAGUGGGGUGCAGUUCAUGGACACUACCAUGUGGAUGCACCACCCUAGGACCCACCAGAUGAAGGACUUCCUCUCCGAUUCUACCACCUUCGGUCAACUCAAAUCAGUGGAGAGUAACUUCAGCUUUCCGGCAGACAAGGCUUUCUUAGAAAAUGACAUUCGCGUGAAGCCGGAUCUCGAUGCCUUAGGCGUUCUCGGUGAUGCAGGAUGGUACUGCAUCCGAUCGAUUCUGUGGGCCGCGGAUUACGACCUACCGAAAUCCGCCGUCGCUUUGCCCGACGCCGUUCUGAACGACGCUGGCGUCGUCUUGUCCUGCAGUGCCGAACUGCAGUGGCAAGACGGCAGGGCGGGGAGCUUCCGCUGCUCGUUCCUGGCCGACUUGAACAUGGACGUCACAAUACUUGGAACCAACGGUACUCUGUCCGUUCACGACUAUGUAGGCCCGUUCCAGGAGAACAGGGCCACUUUCUCCACUCACGUGAAAUCGGGAUCGGUGUUAGAGCACACCGUUACGACGGAGCUCCCGCAAGAGGCUCUUAUGGUGAGGGAGUUUUCUAGGUUGGUUGCGAGCAUCAAAUUUGGGGCAGCCAAACCGGAGAAAAAAUGGCCAACUCUUAGUAGGAAGACACAAGCUGUAGUAGAUGCGGUGAAGAUGUCUAUUGAUAGGGGUUACAAAAUUGUUGAUGUUACGUAUUAGACUAUUUUUAUGUUUGUUAUUGCGUUAUAUUCGGAUUUGUAAUAUUUUAUGCUAUAUUAUGACUUGCGUACGUAUGAAUAAAGUCACAAAUUGCUUUGAA